UCCCCACUCUCGACACAUUCUCUUUUGUAGUCUUCUACACCCGAGGCCACAUACACCACACACACACCUUAUCCCUCUUUGUUGCCAUGACUCGCGUUGGUUCCAUCGCUGCCUUCGCGGCCGGAUUCGUGAAAGUGUCUUUUGCCCACAUCUUGCAGAAGUAUCCGAUGUCCCGGCAGCUAUCGCGUGGAAUUGACUUCAAAGCAUGGGACGAUCCGGAAGUCGAGUUCUGCCCCCACUGCUACAACGCUCGCGGGCCCAAGUACGUGAAGCAGAGAGCCUACGACAACGUGGACAGCGCCACCCUGGACGCGUACGGCGGCGGGGAGGAGUUCCCCCUCUACUUCGGCGACUUCGCGGACAACGGGAACUACCUCGAGACGAACGAGAUUGCAAAAAGGCACGGCGUGUGUGGCGACCCGGAACAGAACGCCGAUGAAGGCACGAACGUCUACAGCACCGCGAACAUCAACUGGGAUCCACUCGAUUCCUUCACGAGCGGACAAGUGCUCGAGAUGGACAUCGUCAUGAACGCCUACCAUUGGGGGCACUGCGAGUUCUUCGUGUGCAACACAGACGACAUGGACGACCCGGACGGCGUACCCACCCAGGAGUGCUUCAACAUGCACCCCCUCACCCGCGCCGGUGACGACGGGGACGCCAGCCCGAUCGACCCUAACUACCCCGGACGUUACUACGUGGACCCGGAGUGCCGCGAGGGGGAGACAGAGCAGAGCAGCAACAGCAUCGAGGGCUACAACAUCAAGAUGCGCUACGUGCUCCCGGACAUCGAGUGCGAGCACUGCAUCCUGCAGAUGGUGUACUACACCGGCAACACGUGCAAGCACAUCGGGUACGAGGAGUUCGACCCGCCCUCAUGGCCGAGCUCCUGCGCCCCGAACAAGUGGGACUGGAUCGAGCUCGACCGCUACGUGUGCGGAACGCACGGACGGUACCCGGAAGAGUUCUGGGCCUGCUCUGACUUCAGCAUGACCUCCGAUGGCUCGGCCCCGGCGCCAACACCGGUGGACGCGCCGAUGCCCGACCCCGUGGACGAAGCGGACGACGACGAUAGCACUGACGGUGGCAUGGAGAUGUACGAGUACGUCGGCUGCUACACGGACAGACAGGACGACCGGGUUUUGGGAGACAAGCUGGACUCCGACCUGAUGACCGCGGAUUUCUGUUACGAAUACUGCUCCGAGAUGGGCGCCGCGUACAUGGCCACCCAGUACGCCUUCGAGUGCUUUUGCUCGGCCGACGAGGACUUGGACUACGAACGCCACGGAACGGCGAUGUGCAACAUGGGCUGCUUGGGAGACGAGGGGGAGACCUGUGGCGGUGAAAACGCGUUCGACCUCUACAAGAUCAUGCCUUCGAUGAACUCGCCCACGCCGGCAACGCCUUUUUCCGAGCCCGAGCCCGAGCCGACCACGCCCUUGUCCGACGGGUGCGCGGAAGCAUGGGGGCAAUGCGACGGUGGCAACUGGGAGGGUUCGACCUGCUGCGUGGAGGGCUACAAGUGCGUCCCCGACAAUGACUGGUACUCACAGUGCCGCCCUACGGCCUAAAUCGUCGUCCGCCCUGGGUGAUCCGGGGGUGCCCCAUCCGCUUUCAACAGAGAGGCGAAACGGCUAUGCAAGCAAGCGGUACUUGUCGCGAAAUAUUGCGCGACAGGCCAAUUCUAGAGGCGUCUUUUCCUAAAGUUGUUUCGGCUGAGUGUCCCGUCGUACCUGCAGCACAUGGGGAUUGUGUACUCAAUGUAAACGCACGUCGCAUGCCGAGAGUGGAACGGUAUGCAGGGACGCGGUGUGAGAAGACAUGUGCGUGUGCACGUACAUGAGAGGUUAGCGUAUCUGUGCUUGGUCUUGUGUGUUCUUGUUGUGCCUGCUUCGAAGCUUAGAUGCUUCAUUUAACUAUAGCUUUUGUAAAGUAAUCGAGUUGGGUAGUAGGGUUCACUAAAGGUUGGGGUUCUCACACUCAUAUGUCGUUAGUUGUGCACAAUUCGAAGCUGGAAUCCCGGGUUUUACCUCCGGCUUCGUUUAACUAAUACAAAGCUUGUGAAGUGGUCAAGUUGGUUAGUAGGGUUUACUAACAGGUUGAGGUUAUCGCCCUCAGAUGUCGUUAGGCGUGCGGUUUGGUAUCUAGCUUGCGGGGUGGUGGUGGGAUUUGACUUUUACGCUGGUUCUUUAUCGAGAGUCUUUGGUUGUUGAAUCGCUUCUUCGUGUUGAUGAGGUGAAAUGUUUGGGUAUAGAGGUCGUGUACCCUGAAUGUCGUGCGGUAUUCUUAGCAAAAGAGUUGCGACAGAACGCCACCGCCAUUUUCGGCUUCGUAGUAUGUCUCGUUGGCCGGGACAAAAAGCCGGGCACGAUUGAAGACGGAGGUGGGGAUAACUCUCAUGUUUCCCUUGAAAUAGAUAUGCUCUGCUGCUGUAAGUGUUUUUCGUGAUAAUUUUUGUCGGUGUGUAAAAAAUGAAAUGUCUACACUUGCUUGUUGUACGCUCGCUCACUUCAUAUGGUCUUGGUAGGGCUGGUUGUGUUAUGACGUUUUUUUGUCCGCGAAGGUAGGGUAGGUUUGUUUUUCCCUUGUACGAUCAAAAAUCGCAUGAUUGUUGGAAAGCGUCGCUGUUUUGUGUAGACUUGUCUCGUUACGAUGUUGUGUGUGCGUGAUGCAAGCAUGGAUAGCUUUUAACUCUCGAAUGAGAUUCGGUGUGUGCACGCUGUGAAUCAUUUCAACUUUGAUGCUGGAGGCGGGAUUGCCGUUGUCGGCGUCGGCGCACACACGCUGUACUCCAUUCAGAUUAGGAGGGACGCGUUCUGUCGGUGAGACGCAGUACCGGCCGUACACACAGAUUCGGCGUGCCUUUGUAUCGCAGCGCGGAGGUUAUGGGCAAAGACCGUGGGGGAGGGAUGCGGAGUGGGUUUGGCGUACCCUAGCGUUCGAUGGAGGGAGAGAUGGCGAGGCAGCCGGGACAGGUUACAGGUUACAAAAUGGGGUAAUUGAUAUCGUUCCGGUUGCCGAAGCUCGGGCGUCUUAAGAAGUGGGACAUGCCCGAGAUCGAUGUGGUACGUUGGGUAACUAUGGAGUGGAGACCGAGGAACGGGCGGACAGGGGGGAGGAAAGGCGGAUUCCAUAGGGUAAAACCAGUCCGCUGGUAGCGUCGGGGCAGGCAUGGCUUGCUAGUGUGUCGGGGUGGUGCGGUGACUGUUUUACACCGAUGGUGCUGUGGAAUGGUCCUGAGGGUA